AUGAGAGCUGAAACUGGGUAUCCAAGAGGACUGAUGUCAGUAUGCCCAGGUUCUACCAAAGCUGCGAAAAUACCCAGGAGUCAGCUCAAAUACCUUAACUUUGUAGUCCAGGGGGAGACCAGCAGGCAGAAGUAUACUUACUGGACUGCUAAAAACAUUGCAAAGGAUCCUAGAAUAGAUUUUAGAAGAAAAACCUUAGUCGUUGCGAUCGGAUAUUUGGACAGCACUAAUUUUCCAAUAUCAAUGAUAUUGACAAAUGAAUAUAUUUAUAGAGGAUACAACGUGAUACUCAUAGAUAACCAGAGAUUUGCUACGGUACACUACUUUCUCGCUACUCGCCUUAUGCGUCCCGUCGGAAAACACGUUGCUGAAAUACUAGCCAAUUUAACUCAAUCUGGCUUAAACCCAGCUAAACUAGAACUUCUAGGUUUUAGUCUAGGCGGUCAAACCGUCAGCUACAUAGCCAAACACUACUACAUUUUAACUGGAAAGAAAAUCUCCCGAAUUACAGCUUUGGAACCAGCCGGUCCAUGUUUCCGAUUCUUAAAUUCAACGGACAGACUGGACAGGAGUAAUGCAGACUUUGUCCAAGUCGUUCAUACCAAUAUUGACGGCUACGGAAUGGCAAAUCCGAUGGGCCAUAUCGAUUUUUACGUUAACGGCGGGGAAUAUCAACCCGCAGACUUAAAUUUCUUCCCUUGCACGGCUACCUGCAGUCAUUUUCGGGUGUUAACUCUAUGGGCGGUGGCUAUGAAGAAUUCAAGAAAAUUUAUUGCAAUCAAAUGCGAUACGAUUCAAGAAGCUCGUGAUUCAUCGUGUUAUGAUAAAGUUCCGUUGGUAACUAAUGUAAUGGGUUUAGAGGUAGAUGAAAGCAAACAUGGCGUUUUUUAUCUGUCUACAAGUAAGAGCUACCCGUUUUAUUUGGGUAUGGAUGGAGUUAAGGCAGAAUUUGCUGCUUGGAGACGUAUUAGCGAUGUAAAUGGUGGAAAUGAGACUGAAAUAUGCACAUAA